GGAUCUGAGAGGAGGCGGAGAUGGCGUCCCAGCCGCCGCCUCCGCCGAAACCCUGGGAGACCCGCCGGAUUCCGGGGGCCGGGCCGGGGUCAGGACCCGGCACCACUUUCCAAUCUGCUGAUUUGGGUCCUACUUUAUUGACAAGACCUGGACAACCAACACUUACCAGAGUGCCACCGCCUAUUCUUCCAAGGCCAUCCCAGCAGACAGGAAGCAGUAAUGUGAACACUUUCAGACCUGCUUACAGUUCAUUUUCUUCUGGAUAUGGUGCCUAUGGAAAUUCAUUUUAUGGAAGCUAUAGCCCUUAUAGUUAUGGGUAUAAUGGGUUGGGCUAUAACCGCCUUCGUAUAGAUGAUCUUCCACCUAGUAGAUUUGUUCAGCAAGCUGAAGAAAGCAGCAGAGGUGCAUUUCAGUCCAUUGAAAGUAUUGUGCAUGCAUUUGCCUCUGUCAGCAUGAUGAUGGAUGCUACCUUUUCAGCUGUCUAUAACAGUUUCAGGGCUGUAUUGGAUGUAGCAAACCACUUUUCCCGAUUAAAAAUACACUUCACAAAAGUUUUUUCAGCUUUUGCAUUAGUUAGGACUAUAAGGUAUCUUUACAGACGGUUACAGUGGAUGAUAGGUUUAAGAAGAGACUCUGAGAAUGAGGACCUGUGGGCAGAAAGUGAAGGAACUGUGGCUUGCCUUGGUGCUGAGGACAGAGCAACUAACUCAGCAAAAUCUUGGCCAAUAUUCUUGUUCUUUGCUGUUAUCCUUGGUGGUCCUUACCUCAUCUGGAAACUGCUGUCUACUCACAGUGACGAAGUAACAGACAAUACCAACUGGGCAAGUGGUGAGGAUGACCAUGUAGUUGCUAGAGCAGAAUAUGAUUUUGUUGCUGUAUCCGAAGAAGAAAUUUCUUUCCGUGCUGGUGAUAUGCUAAACUUAGCUCUCAAAGAACAGCAACCCAGAGUGCGUGGUUGGCUUCUGGCCAGUCUUGAUGGUCAAACAACAGGACUUAUACCUGCUAAUUAUGUCAAAAUUCUUGGUAAAAGAAGAGGUAGAAAAACAGUGGAAUCCAGUAAAAUUUCCAAGCAGCAACAGUCUUUUACCAACACAACACUAAUUAAAGGAGCAACAGCUGCUGAUUCUUUGGAUGAACAGGAAGCUGCCUUUGAAUCUGUUUUUGUUGAAACUAAUAAGGUUCCAGUUGCACUUGAUUCCACUGGGAAAAAUGGAGAUAAACAAGAUCUUUGAUAACUUUCAUGUUUACCUGCAGCUGAACUAUACUUCAGAGUACUUUUAAAAAGUUUCUUCUUACAAAGAAAUUCAUCUUCAAUCCAAUGAAAACAUUUGUUAAUGGCUAUUCCAGAUGUUUUGUUGCUAGAAAUUAUUAAAGUUGUACACUAGUAUGUUGGUCUAGUGACCUGGUUACAUUUUACGAGUUGUUAUUGGACCAUGAGGAUAUUUGUUUUACCUAGAUUUUAAGAUUAUGGAGACUACCAUUACCAUCUUAUUUAAAACCCUGUGUUUAUUGAAAGACUAUGAUUCAUGAACUAUAGAAUACACAGUUUGCUACAGUAGGGAUCACUAAUGCAUUUUAAAAUUCUAGAUUAAUUGACUUGGAAUCCUCAGAAGUUGAGUGACAACAUAUAAAUAUCAGAACAGGCAAAAAGGCUAAUUUUUCUACAACUUUAAACAGAAUAAUAAAAAUUUUCUGAUGUGUAUUACAUCCAGUAUUGGGUUUUUUAGGCAGUAGUAAUAUGUUUUCACCCACCAACAAUUGAUACUUUUAUCUUUUAUUGUAUUUUUUAAAAAUUUAUCUUGGAAAAGUCACUAGAAGCAUUGUGAAGGAAAUGGUUCCAGGGUGACAUAUAGCCCUAAUUUAGUUUUCCCUGCUAAUAAAGGGGCUAUAAUUUAUCUUUC